AUGACCGACGUGCGCACCCAGCGCCUCAACCUGCAUACACUGCCGCCGGAGCUAUUGAACGCUGUCGUGGAUGUCCUUCCCGAGCGUCAUGACCUCUUGGCGCUGGCGCUAGUCUGCUCUACGCUUCGCGAUAUAAUCGUUCCUGGACAUAUCCAAUAUCGUGUCCUGGUCGCGAGUGAGGAAGAAGUGGGCUUGUGGGCUUGUCUCGCAGUGCGCGGUCAUCUCGCCCGCAAUGUACGCGACCUGGAAAUCUUCGACCGGCUCGAGUUUGAGCGUCGGACUCAAUGGGGAGAACCUGUGUGCCCGCGUCUUCCGUCUUGGACAGACACCGAUCGGCGUGGUCUGGCCUACCUCGAGGAGCUGUACCUCGCCGAAUCUUUGCCCCGUACCCAACGUUCGCUGGCAGGACGCGUCGCACUUAGCCGCGCUCUACGGGCCAUGACACGGCUGGAGUCUGUCACUAUCCACGCGACGUCGGGUAUGACACCGGAGGAUGUGCAGGGAAAGUUCGACCUGAUAUCGCUCGUGCUCGGCGCGCUAUCUGGGACACCGCGGCUAGUUUGUAGCGAAUGGACGGACCCGUCGCUCGGGCCGGAUUCUUACCCGGCGACCGCGGACCACCCGUUGUUCUCGCAAGCAUGGUUGCGUACCUUAGACGUGCGUGAACUAGUGCUCAAUGUCGAGCUCUGGCCAGCACUUUGUGCAAUGCUGGUACACUCCCCAGGACUGGAGGUCCUUGGUGUUCCGGCCUUCCGUGAUUCGUCGCAGAUCGCCGUAGCGACUGCGUCGGUUCCCAGUCUCCGACGCCUCAAGAGCCUCUACAUCGCAGAGAAGAUGCACAGCCCAAGCAUUCAAGCGGCCUUGUUCGACUUUCUCAAGUCAGCCAAUCACGAUCUCCGUGAACUGCGGUGGACAUGUCCCCCGCUUGUUGACGCGCCGGUGCCACACGUCCCUUCGCUUCGUCAUCUGCGCAACUGCAGUACCCCGUUCCUUCUACGCUUCUUAUCAGGCGUCCCGUCGUGCUCUCUCCGCCUCGACAGUCUAGGGCCCCUCGCUUUCACACCGUCUCACGCACCCCAUCUGCUGGCGUCUCUAUCUGCCCUGGACCCAACAGCAUUGCACACGCUGUGCUUAUCCGCCGUGGAUUCACCGCAGACACUACAAACACUCUCGCGCUCCUUCCCUGCGAUUCAAAACCUCACAUUACCUUGCUGGCCGUCGUGUGUAGACAACACACCCACCCUCUCACGUGCAGCGUAUACAGUCUGGAAUAUGUUCGCGCUAUCAAGCACUCCGUCCCUGAACAUCCAGCGCCCAUCGGCAGCGGCACUACUGACGCUCUUCCCUCACUUGCGUGACGUGCGCUUCGUGGAUACCGGGGACGAAACACUCAACGCGGUCAAAUGCUUGGACGAAGGCGCAAGCGUGUCACCACCUGAGGCAUGUCGGGAGACGGUUUCGGCGCUAAGGAAGCGCUAUCCUGGUCUACAGUCGGUAAAUGGGUGGAAGAUCGCGGAAUGA